CCCUCCACCCCUCUUUGGCAAUUCCCUCCCGCGCAAAGAAAGCCGCCCCUUUAUUAUUGGAAGGAGACUAAGGAAAAGGGGGGGGGUCGAUCUUGCUUUAAAUCUUGCCCCCUUUCCACCCCCCCUCCCCGAAAGGGAGGGAGGGAAGAAAAAAAAAAAAGAAAGAAGAAAAAGGAUCCCUCGCCAUGGCCGCGAGAGGAGACUCGGCCAGCGCGAUCCCCGCUCGGGCCGGUUGGCGUCUGCGGGAAGACGAGCCCGCUUCGGCAACGGUCGCCGCCAGAGCAGCGGCGGUAGAGGGAGCUUUCGGAGCCGGUUGCAACGGCUGCUGCUCCUCCUUAGCCGGCCCGAAGGAAGUGAAGCAAAGCAGCAGCAGCAACCAGCGGGAAGGAGGCUCCUCCAGCGGCGAGAGCGCGUCUCCCCGGACUUGCCAGAGAAGCAAACUUUCCUGGGUUUUGGGCGCCGGGUCGGUGGCGCUGCUCUUGGCUUUGGGGACCCGUUUGGGGCCGGACAUCCGAGGUCGAGACCGAGAAGAAGAAGCGGGCGAGAGGAGCCCCCCAGGUGAGCGCAGCUGGUCCCCGCCGCCCGGCCCGGCUCUGUGCUGUUGCUGCCUCCUCCUGGCCGUCUAUUUCUGGCUGGGACUGGAGCUGCUGCGCGCCGGGCUCCGUUUGCGCACCGCCGUCCUGUUCCUGGCCGUCUGCUGCUGCGGCGGGGAAGCGCUCGUCGGCUCGGCGCUGGGGGAAGACCGCUUGCUCAACGCCGCCGCCGCCGGGUUGGGGCUGUGCAGCCUAGCCGGCUGGGCAUGGCUGCUUCUGCCCCGGCUCCGCCACGGCGUCCUCAUGCUGGCUUUGACUAGCGCGCUGCGCCUCGCCUCGCUCGUCUUCUUGGAAGGCGUCGGGGCCCCUUGGAGACCUCACCUGGCUUAUCUCCUGGGCUUGCUGGGCAUCCUUUUGGCCAGCUGCGCUCGGCACGCCUCGUCGGGCCGCCCCUCCGGAAAGCGGGAGGAGGAGAGCAGAGCAGGAGCGGAAGGAGCCGCGUCCUCCGCCGCCGUUGCUUCUGCUGUUGUUGCUGCUGCUGCUGCCGCCCGGCCGGCUAAAGAAGACGCGGCGGGCUUGAAGAGGAGGCGGCGGUCCAGCUCCGUGAUCUCCGCCGAGAUGGCAGGUUGCGGCGGCGGCAAGAGCCACCGGAGGACCUCGCUGCCCUGCAUCCCUCGCGAGCAGAUCAUGGGAUAUUCUGAAUGGGAUCACAAACGAGGAUCAAGAGGAUCUCAGUCUUCGGGUACCAGUAUUACCGUGGAUAUUGCCGUCAUGGGAGAAGCUCAUGGACUCAUUACCGACCUUCUAGCAGAUCCUUCAUUGCCACCCAAUGUCUGCACCUCCCUCCGAGCAGUCAGCAACCUGCUUAACACACAGCUGACCUUCCAAGCUAUUCACAGACCAAGAGUCAACACUUUGGCAUCCUUCAAUGAAAAUUACACUGGUUCCGACACAGAAGAAUGUUCAGAGAAGGGAGAAAAGCUUACCAUUCCCAAGCGCUUUCGGAAAAGCCUGCCCCCAGGUCUUCUACGGCGAGUGUCAUCCACUUGGACAACAACCACAUCUGCCACUGGUUUGCCCACGUUGGAGCCAGCUUCUGUUAGAAGGGACCGCAGCCCCAGCAUCAAACUUUAUGAUACUUCAUCAUCCAGCUCUGACUCAUGGAACAAUUCCCACCUGAUGACUCUCACCAAAAGCCGAUCCUUUUCAACCUCCUACGCGAUGUCUGCAGCCAACCAUCUGAAUUCAAAGCGGCCAAGCCGACAAGGUAUCUCCCCAAAUAUUUCACCUCUUGUCUCCCCAAGCCAUUCACCCGUCCAGGGCACACCAGCCAACAGCCCCAUCCGCAGAACCUCAGGAGAACAAUUUCCAGAGUCAACAGUCAUGGCCACUGUCCAAGCCAUCAAGCCUCACAAGCUCUUAGGUUGCACUCAGAGUGCCCCUAACAUAUCAGAGCCUGUGGAAGGUACCUCUGUCAUUUGCAGUAGUUGUGGCAGGCCGUACAGCCAAACAGACCCCAGAGAAGGAAUGUUGGAUAGGAAUGACGGGGCCGCACAUACUUUGAACAGGACAGAUGAUCCUGCGCAGGCCACCUCCGACUAUGAGACGAAUAACAGCGACAGCAGUGACAUUGUGCAGAAUGAAGACGAGACACCUUGUGCCAAGGAGCAGGCCCAGGUGGGCCCGCCCUGCAGGACGUUUGCCCCAGAGACUGUCAUUUUGCAUCCUUUGCUGCCUGUGGAGGAAAAACCUAUCCUUGCCCCCAAGCCUCUAAUAAUGGACAAUUUGGACCCACUAAUGGAGCAACUAAACAAUUGGAAUUUCCCAAUCUUUGAUUUGGUAGACAAAAUCGGCAAGAGAUGGGGUCGGAUUUUAAGCCAGGUAUCCUAUAGGCUCUUUGAGGACAUGGGUCUCUUUGAAACUUUCAAAAUCCCUAUACCAGAGUUUAUGAACUAUUUCCAUGCCUUAGAAUGUGGAUAUCGAGAGAUACCUUAUCAUAACAGAACUCAUGCUACUGAUGUCCUCCAUGCUGUCUGGUACCUUUCAUCCCAGCCCAUCCCUGGCCUCCCAACUAUGAUUAAUGACCAUGGAUCAGCAAGUGAUUCAGAUUCAGAUAGUGGGAUCACUCACGGCCACCUGGGAUACGUAUUGUCAAAAACGUACACGCCAACAGAUGACAACUAUGGGUGCUUGGCGGGCAACAUCCCAUCACUUGAAUUGAUGGCCCUGUAUGUAGCUGCUGCCAUGCAUGACUAUGAUCAUCCAGGGAGAACUAAUGCCUUCUUGGUGGCAACCAGUGCUCCUCAGGCCGUUCUCUAUAAUGACCGGUCUGUUCUGGAGAACCAUCAUGCGGCGGCUGCAUGGAAUCUUUUCAUGUCCAGGCCAGAAUAUAAUUUUUUAAUCCAUCUUGAUCAUGUGGAGUUCAAGCAUUUCCGGUUCCUUGUCAUCGAGGCCAUUUUGGCCACUGAUCUGAAGAAGCACUUUGAUUUUGUAGCUAAAUUCAAUGCCAAGGUGAACGACGAUGCGGGCAUCGAUUGGACAAACGAAAACGACCGAUUAUUGGUCUGUCAGAUGUGCAUCAAACUGGCCGAUAUCAAUGGUCCAGCCAAGUACAAAGAUUUGCAUCUAAAAUGGACAGAUGGCAUCGUGAAUGAAUUUUAUGAACAGGGUGAUGAAGAAGCCAGCUUAGGUCUCCCCAUCAGCCCUUUCAUGGACCGCUCUGCUCCGCAGUUAGCAAAACUCCAGGAAUCCUUCAUCACUCACAUUGUGGGACCCCUGUGUAACUCCUAUGACUCAGCAGGACUGAUGCCGGGUAAAUGGAUUGAAGAUAACGACGAGUCAGGAGAUACCGAUGAACACGAAGAGGAUUCCCCAGACAUGGACUCCUGUGACAGCCAUGAAGCAAGAAAGAAAAGGAGGAAAGUUUACUGCCAGAUAACUCAGCACUUAGUGCAGAACCAUCAGAUGUGGAAGAAGGUCAUUGAAGAGGAAGAGAGGAGAGCUGGGAAGGACAAGCAAAGUGGGGAGCCAUCAACGGCACUGCACUCGUCCUCUGAACAAAUAGAGGCGAUUAAAGAGGAGGAAGAGGAGAAAGGAAAGGCCAAAGAGGAAGAAGAUGACACAGCUUCAGAAGCAAACCAAUGACAGUGACAGGAAUUUUGUACAGUAUUUGGUGCAAGGACAUCUUGCAUAACAGUUGUUUUUACAAGCCAGCACAACGUUUAGACACAACACUGUAGAAAUAUGGGGUAAUUCACCUACAGGCUGUUUAACCCUUCCUUCCUUCCUUCCUCCUUCCUUCCUUCCUUCCUUCCUUCCUUCCUUCCUUCCUUCCUUCCCAUGAGGUUCAUUGCUUUCACAGUUCAAUGGCCCUUUUUACAAACUUUCAAAUACAUUGGAGAAUUAUAAAUAUAUAUAUAUAUAUAUAAUUAUAUAAAUACAGUAUAUAUAUAUAUACAUAAAAUAUUAGCCUGGGUUUAUAAGCUGCAUAUUUGUUUAUUUGUUCUUUUUAAAAAGAAGAUUAUACGAUGCUGCCUGUGACGUUAUUAAAAAAAAAAAGGGAAGGAUUUGAAAAUGAGACAAUACUCUAUGAAAUGGAGAAGGCCUUACUGCCCUUGGUUUGUUUGUUUGUUUGUUUGUUUGCCAAAGUGGAAUAACUGAUUGUGUAAGUUAAUGGUUGAUCCCGACUGCCAGCAUAGAUGCGCCUGCAGGACAUCAGGCGGACACAAAACAGGAGCGCCACAAUUCACGGAGCAAAGGGAAGGACGUUCUGCUUUGGAGACUGGCUGUGACACACUGGGCAUGUCACCGCAGAAGAUUUAUGCACCUCCAUUGCAGAGAACUUGCUCUCUCUCUUUCUCAGCCUGGAGAACUCUGCCUCGGACCUCUUGCUCGUUCUUCCACACAACUCAGUAAAAUCCAGACGGAGGUGAGCCCACAACAGCUCUGGAAAACAGGACUUCCCAUUUCUGGAGCGAGCUGCCUCUGUCUCUGUUUGGUGGGUCUUGAUUGUUUUUUUCCGAAAAGGCCAUGUCCCUCGAAGACUUGUGUGAGCUGCAACUCCUACCUGUAUAUUGCACAACUGUCUAUGCCACCUCCCCUUCCCCCACGUUGGGCGAGCAAGUUUCAAGCAAGCCUCGCAUAUUAAUCUGCUGAAGAGAAGGUGGUGGUGGUGGGAAUAUUCUAUGGCGUCUGAAGGAAUUUCCAAUUUGUUGAAUUGAGAUAGACUUUGGAGAGAGACACUUUAGGAUCCCUCUCGUCCUUACCACCUUUUGUUGCAUCCUCAUCUUUUCAUGUGUCUUGUGGGGUCUCAGAAAGGUGACUUUAAAGGAGGACCAUGAAUGAAAAAUGCCGGGUAACCGUUUCUUCUGCUUUUCAUUGGAAUGUGUUGUGUAUGGGCUAUGAACCCAGUGCCUGGUGACCUCAAUCAGAAGGAACUCAAAUCUACUUCAAGGGAUCCAUUCUUCAUCGAUUUGUUUGUCAUAAGCUGAUUGCAUGUGAUUACGAGGAGUCUGGAGCACAUAGACAAUUUAUAUGAAACACUGCCUAGGACUCACUGCAGUCCUACACCAAGUCAAAUGCCCCCUCUAGAAGGGAGGCCUUCAGCUUCCAGAAUUUUUCAGACAGCUUGGUCAUUGCUGAGGAUUCUGGAAGACACAUUUCUAGAGGGUCUCAACAACAUUAAGGAAGGCUGUCAUCUUGCAUUUUCCCUCCAUGACGCAGAGGCCAUUUUGUAGAUGCAGUGACCCAUCUAAUAUUUUAGCCAAGGAAAUGUCACUUACCAUUUAUCUGUCCCCUUCCACAACCACGAGAAAUUUCCAAAGAACUCCGUGGUUCUUCAGGACAGCAGUUUGGAAGCGAGGGGAUCUAAAACCAGGGGUCCCCAACCUUGGCAACUUUAAGACCUGUGAACUUCAACUCCCAGAAUUCCCCUUGCUGGCUGGGGAAUUCUGGGAGUUGAAGUCCAGAGGUCUUAGUUGAUAGAUAGAAUUGGUUUCUGGCCCAAGGAGAAUUGGAAAGCAACUAUAUAAAACAAGAAAAAGAAACUUUAGCAUUAUCCUUCUCCCACUAAGGCAGGAAUCCAUUAUGCUGUUGGUUUUCAAGAAAAGUGAUUUUGUCCUGCGUUUCAUGUUCGUUGACCGCAUCAUAAGCAGACUAAAUUCUGUUUUGAUGUUCUCAUGUACCUAUAUUAAGGAAAACCUGGUGAUCUGACAAGUAUCAUUUCAGGAGAUCUUUCAAAUGUCUCCUUUGGGAGGCUAUAGGUAUGAAUGCCAGAAUGUAAAGAAAAUAGUAUAAUUUAGGGAAACAAAGACAAUAUGACUUGCCUAUUUCUCCCAUGCUAUUUAUGUCCUCCAUCUGGGCAGUGUUCAAUUUUAUUUUUAAAGUGAAUACAAUCCCAUUCCUCCCUUUGAAAUGCAGUUUGGAUGAAUGACCCGGAACUGCAGAAGAAACUUUGAUAUCAAAGUUUGUCUACCUUGAUUGUAUGUCUUGGCAGCUAUAAAGGCAAGAUCCCAAUACGUGGGGAAAAUUCACCAGCAGGCUUAGGACUUUGUUAGAUGAAUCAGUUUUCCAUUUUUAAUGGUUACUUCUUUGCUCACAACUAAUUUCUAUUAGCCUACAUGUAAAUACAGACACUUUUUAGUAUCCUGUUGAUAGUCAAGGGAAGUUGGGUUGUAUUUGUAAAGAUAAUUAAAAAGAAAAGAUUCACCCCACCCCAUAAAAUGUAACUGUUUUUGAAUUUGACAAAUGAAGUCCUGCAUGAUUGGGAAUGGAAUAGGAGAAAUUCUUUUCAAAUCGGUGGGAUUAGUAGCAUCAGCCGUCAAGAGACACUUCGAGUGUAAGAAAAGUGCUGCAAUUUAGCAGCAGAGCCUAACUCUUCAUCACAGAGUUUUAAGUAGUAAUACAUGUGGAAGGAGAUCCAUCUGUAGCUAAGUGUGCAGGAUUUUUUCAGAUAAUUUCUGAAAUUAUUGUCCUGUUUCCAUUUGAUUGGUUAUUGAGUCAACCCAUUUCUCUUAUCUUACUAACCCCUUCAGGAUGAGUUUAUUUUGUCUCAUUGUUUUUCUCCCAAGUUAGUUCUCUGGAAUCUCCUAGAUCAGGGGUGUCGAACUCGUGAUCACGUGACAUAUCACAACUCCCCCCCCCCACUUCGCUAAACCGCACAUGGGCAUGGGCAGCACGUGACACAUGUGGCCCAGAGGCCGCAAGUUUGACAGCCCUGCCCUAGAUUCACAGUCUUCAUCAGGGCCAUCCAACCUUGGCAACUUUGAGACCUGUGGACUUCAACUCCCAGAAUUCCCCAGCCAGCCAUGUUAAAGUCCACAAGUCUCAAAGUUGCCCAUUUUAGACACCCCUACAUAGAUUGUUCAGAUUGUUGCUGAAUGUAUGGGAAAUGUAGAAACUCAGUUCACAUUUUGCCCAAAGUUGUGAUGUGAUUGAAGAUCGUUGAAUAAGCCAUGAUUUGCCAUAUUUACAAUUUGCCUUGAGCCAUAAUGUGUGGUUCGUGAACCACAAUAGCUGGGUUCUGACCAUCCACACUGAACCAGGGUUCACAUAAGAUGAGGCUAAGGCUAGAUUUAGAAGGAAAUUUAGGAGUUCUUAAGAUGUGAAACGGAUGCCUUAAGCUUCUGAGUAAUCUUUCACUGCCACUCAAUUUAAAAAAAGAAGAAGAAGAUCAGGUGUUUUGGUGCCAUCCAGUCUGGGAAGCCAUGUUUGAAACCAGCAUCAUCCUUGCCUCCCUUCACUUAGAUUAAGCCAGUUCCAAGUGAAGCGGGAAAUGCACAUUAGAAUUAGUUAGUAAAAUAGUUCAGCCUCUCGCACUUUUCCCAUAACUCACCAAUGUCUUUGAAAUAGUUAAAACACUCCAUUUCUGAGAAGGUUAUACAGUGUGUAGCAAGUCUUCAUGUAUGAUGUUUGAAGCAAACAUCUCAGAUUUGUCCCCUUGUGGCCCUUCCAGCUGCAUAGGGUUGUCCACAGCAGGGAUCUUCAACCUUGGCAACUUUAAGACUUGUGGACUUCAACUCCCAGAGUUCCUCAGUUGAAGUCCACAAGUCUUAAAGUUGCCAAGGUUGGAGACCCCUGGUCCACAGAGUACGGCCAGAAAGUCAAGAUUGGCAGCUACGACAAUGCAAUCAAUGCUUUGCCUGGUUUUUGUGUGUGUUGUACAUAAUAUGCAAAAGAAAAGUGGGGGUAGAAACUUUGAUUACACCAUCACGGCCACCAUCUUAAAUUUUAAUUUAUUUUUUUAAUAAUAUCUUGCAGAUGCCACUGUUCAAGUGCACAUUAGAGAGAUGAUUCUCACAUUCUAGUGACUAUUAUAUAAGCUCUCCUUCUCGGAGGACAAACCAGAGUCUAAUGGCUUUAAAUUGCCUAGAAAUAUGUUCUACGUUUGAAACAAAAGUACUUGCUGGAUGUUGGAGUGUUUGUGUUUUCAUGUCAAUCUUUUCUCCUGUUCAGUUGUACCAACCCACAUCUAAAGAGGAUUGUUUAUCUGCUGGUCUUCUCCAGUUCUGAUUUUUUUUUUCUAGGGAUUGCUAGCGGACAUGAAACUGAUGUAGGUACAUUUGUGAGAGCAGCGGUCUCCAAUCUUUCCAGAUUGGCAGCCCGGCUUGAGGGCGGUAGGGCGGUGUGAGUGGCGGAUGCAUGCAUAGCUCCACGGCAUCCUGCACGAAUGGAAAGUGCUUGCGCUUGUGCGCAAAGAGAUGUAACUUUUCCAUCUCUGAUCCUUGCAAUGUUCCAUGCACAGGUGAUGCCUAACAUCCAUGAAAUUAAGACAACCCACCCACCCAUCUAUCCUAUUUGCACCAAAAUUUAAGAAUGAUUAUCCCCAGCAAUCUUUGAAAGAUGAGUGUGUAUUUGACCAUCAUAGGAAUUAAAGCCAAUUCACUCUUGUUUCUCUUCAGACCAAAUAGUGUUGAUUCCUAACUUGAGAGGUGAACCUUCAGCACAUGGUUGUAUUUGAGUCCUCUGAGUUCAAUCUGAGCAUUCAAGAAACCAUAGUGGCUGUGGCUUGAAGGACCCAUUGUUCCAGUUUACCUAGGCAGGUUUUGAGUCUUUCAGUCAUUGUUGGUUUGUCUGCCCCAUCAAGGUCUCUUGGUAGAGUUGUGGGUUUCAUAGUAAGAGUUGAAGGUUUCCUCAAAAGCAAUAUCAUGAAGUACUAUUUUCUUCAUAAAGAAAAAAAGGGGACGGCGACAGGUGAAGGUGAUCAAGCCAGACCUGAAUGUUUCCAAGGCCCAUUAAUUUUUCAAGUCAACUAGUGUUGACUUGUGUGUCCGUCCACCAUGGCCUACCAUUAUAGCCAUCAUCCUAGUAAGGCACCAAUGAUCUCCUGAACUAGAAUAGCCAUCCCGGGUAGAUAGAAAUGAGAGUUCUUGAAAGUUGUUGGGCAGCCAAUGUUGACUCUUCAACAUUCUUUGAAGAGCCAAAGCAAAGGAAAGAUGGAAGAUGAUGGAGAAAUAGCAAUUUAGAAGGACCUCACUACCUGAGUGGUUCUUCUGUUUCUUUGGGGUUUUUUUAAAUUUCAAGUUGGGAUUGAAGAAGUUGCUGAAAGAAAGAAGUAGCAUCUGUUGUGUCAUAACAACACACUGCUUGCUCCUUCACAGUGUCCCACUAAAUUCAAAUGAGGCUUUAUAAAAGGGAUUCAGUUGUGACAUUUUCAACCCUCCCAAGUAGGUGGAAUUGCCAACCAUUGUUGUACUGUAGAACUGUACCUCCUGCAUUCAGUAUUUGUAGAUGUCAAUUUUUUAAACACGGUCUUCUUUUCACUAAAUACUACCUGCAUUAAUUUAUAUUUAUAUAUUGCCAAGAUUGUUGUAACCAAACUUCUUUUAAAGCAAAAACUUCAAAAACAAGGCCUUGUAUUUUUAAGGUAAUGGUCUUUCACAAACUGACUGAAAUCUCUGUUGGCUUUUCUUUUCACAGAUAUCUUGCACUUAAGACAUGUAGCAAUACUUAAUAUAUUCCCUUCACGAGUAUUCGUUAGGUGAUUUUUAGUUAAUGGCUGAUAAAUGUUUUGUACAAAAUAGAUUCUGUACAGGCGGAGAAACAGGAGAAAUCUUUUAGAUAAAUAUUAUUUAUUUUUACUGUUUUGUAAGUUAGACACUAUUAAUGAAGCUCCUUUUUUGCCAGAAUUACUGGAAGUGCCUCUUGGUAUAAUGUAUUAUAGUAAAUAUAUAUUCAGAAUUAUUAGAGAUAAUGUGUCACAAAAUGAACAACAUGGAUGUUGCAAUGUGAAGAAAAAAACAUAAAUAUAAUUCUGUGGUAUCAUA